AUGUUGAGCAAAAAAAAUUAUGAAAAACUUCUUUCCAUCUAUAGGAUUACCUGGAAUAGACAAUAUUUCAACAACAAAGGACCAUAUUUUUUUAAAAAAAACAUGUCAUACUCCGCUUCUAAUCAACCAGUCAGAGCACCACCAGUACACAGUGAAUAUGAAUUAAUUGAUGGAGAUCCAUAUUUCACCAGAGUUAUUUCAUACUUCAGACCAUCUGAUUAUGUUAAUUGGGGUUUAAUUACUGCUUCAUUCCCAAUUGGUAUGAAAAUAUGGGAAAAAUUAGAACCUUCUACUGGUAAAGGAAUGAAACCAAGUAUUGUUACUGGAACUACUGUAAGAGCAGCUACUUUACUUGGUUUUGUAGGUGGUUUUUGUUUGAAUUAUGUUAGAUCAAGUCAAAGAUUUCUUGGAUGGAGAGAAAAUGAAAGAGAAGUUAAGAAGGACAGAUAUGAAAUUAAAAAGAAGUUAAGUUUGGGUCAAUUACCAUAUAAUGAAAACUUGAGUAAAUUGGAUGAUAGAAGUAAAGAUAUUUCCAAUAGAAACAGUCAAUACAGUCAUUUAUUAAUGUUUGUUAUUCCUUGGUUCAACACUUCUUAUCAUCCUUAUCAUCAAGUUGAUUUGAAGAAAUACUAUGUUGACAGAGAAGGUGAGGCUGACUGGGGUUUCAAAUUACAACCUUUAGAUGAAAUAUAUGCCAAAUAUGGUUUACAAUACAAACAACAAUAG